AUGGCGGCACGGAUGGUCGUCGGAGUGCCCGUGGCCCUGCUCGCCGUGCUCCUGGCGGCGGCCACCGGCGCUGACGGGCGCGACUUCCACGUCGGCGGCCGCGCCGGGUGGGCGCCCAACCCCACCGAGCCCUUCAACACCUGGGCCGAGCGCAACCGCUUCCAGGUCAACGACACCCUCGUGUUCAGGUACAACAAGGACGCGGACGCCGUGCUGGUGGUGACCCCGAGCCACUACGACGCCUGCAACACCACGGAGCCCGUCCUCCGCCUCGACGGCGGCGACACCCGCUUCGUGUUCAACGGCUCCGGGCCCUACUUCUUCAUCAGCGCCGACGAGGGGCGCUGCAGGGCCGGCGAGCGCCUCAUCGUCGUCGUCCUCGCCGUCCGCAACAACAGCGGCGGCAACACGCCAUCGCCGCCCAAAUCGUCAUCGUCGCCGCCGACAUCGCCUCCUCCCGUCGCAACACCUGCUCCGCGCGCGUUGCCCCCGCCGCCCUUGCCACCGAAGUCGUCAUCACCGCCGCCGGCGGGGAAGAAUGCUUCGUCGCCGGCACCCGCACCCACACCUGCUGCCACGAAUGGGACGUCGUCGCCACCGCCGCCGUCAUCCGCGGUAGCCUUGAGGGGUGGCGUCCUUGCGUGCCUUAUCAUCGGUGGAGCAGCGAUUCUAGUCUGAUAUGGUCGAUCGGUCUCGUGCCCCGGACCUGCAAUCCAUGUUGGUGAUUGAACCUGAUUGUGUUUCCUUUAGUUGGCGAGCGAUUUAGA